CUUCCCUCGUCUCCGCCUUUUUAUCUGGCUCAAAGCAACUGCAGCCUAGAGACGCCGACCGAGUCCAGAAUACCCGGUCACUCUCGGCUGUACAAGCUCUCUUGCUGCAUCGGCGCCGGUCUCAAAAGUCGCUCCCCCAAGGAAACCCACAACAAGUUUGGGUUCCGGACUGAUCUUGCCGCCUUCCAGAGACAGCGGCCGCCGCUGACAGGGAACGCCAAGUCGAAGCGACCAUAUCAGCGGACAUCCUUCUCGGCGGUCGAUCGUGACGCCGAGGCCGAACACGAUGGCGUCCAUUCUCUCGGAACGUCAGAAGGAUGAGCUGCAUCGCGCAAUGCUCUCGUACGCGCUCAGCGCUGGGAUGCCCGAAACAUACGCGGCCUUGGCACGAGAGUCUGGAAUCUCAGACUUUGAUGGGUCCGACCCCAAGGCCAAGUGGGUCGGUCUGCUCGAGAAGAAAUGGACAAGCGUAAUUCGCCUGCAGAAGAAGGUCGGUCUGCCCUCGGGGACGGGAUGGGGAUGGCAGAUGCCAUCAGCCAGGUAUGGUCAUGCUGACAUGAGAACACAGAUCAUGGACCUCGAGUCUCGAAACGCAGCCCUCGUCGCCGAGCUCGCAUCACCUACACGAGCAGUGACGUCGAACUCGAGCAAUGCCCUCUUCCUCCCGCGUGCGCCAGCGCGGCACUCGCUGAGCUCACAUCGCGCACCGAUCACGCGGGUGGCUUUCCACCCAACAUGGACCGUGCUCGCCAGUGCCAGCGAGGAUGCGACAGUCAAGAUUUGGGACUGGGAGAGCGGAGACUUUGAGCGCACCGUCAAAGGGCAUACCAAGGCGGUGGCCGAUGUCGACUUUGACCCAAAGGGCAACUUGAUGGUGACAUGUUCGGCUGACCUCACAAUCAAGCUCUGGGACACGGCCAACGACUACAAGAAUAGCAAAACACUGCACGGCCAUGACCACUCGGUAUCAAGCGUCCGAUUCAUGCCGACGGGAGAGCAGUUGAUAUCUGCAUCGCGAGACAAGACCAUUCGUGUUUGGGAAGUCUCUACUGGCUACUGCAUCAAGACUCUUACGGGGCACGCCGAGUGGGUGCGAGAAGCAGUGCCAUCAGACGAUGGCAAGUACCUCGUCAGCGCGUCAAACGAUCAGACCGCCCGAGUGUGGGACUUUGGAACAGGCGAGACCAAAGCCGAGUUACGAGGGCACGAGCACGUCGUCGAGUGCGCCGUCUUUGCGCCUGUGGCAGCAUAUGCCGCCAUCCGCGAGCUCGGGGGACUGCAGGUCGCAGCAGGCGACACAAGGGCACGCGCGCCUGGAGCGUUUGUGGCGACUGGCUCGCGUGACAAGACGAUUAGGCUAUGGGACGCCGUCUCGGGGCAGUGUGUCCGCGUUCUGUCUGGACACGACAACUGGGUCCGCGCACUCGUCUUCCACCCGAGCGGAAAGUAUCUCUUAUCGGCCUCGGACGACAAGACGAUCCGCGUGUGGGAACUGGCCAACGGCCGCUGUGUCAAGACGAUUGACGCCCACUCGCACUUUGUGACCUGCCUCGCCUGGGGACGGGCAUUGAUGGGAGGCAACGCAGACGGCGCCAGCGCCAACGGCGGCCAAGAGCCGCGACGAAUCAACGUCAUCGCAUCUGGUUCAGUGGACCAGUCUAUCAAGAUCUGGGUCCCAUGAGCCGAUCUCCUCACCAUUUGCACAUGCUCUUCACGCCCUUCACGCCCCACGCCCACCUCCAACCCCCGUAAUAUUGCGCAUUAGAGCGCGCCAGACUAGCCGGUCGAGCACCGGUCGAUACCAGUGCAUUGCAUGCAGCUUUCACCGCUGCCCCAAUGAUGCAUCCACUUAUAGCGGGUAUAGUGACUAGGAUAUGGUUUGGCAAGUGGCAAGAUUAUAUGUCGUAGCAGUCGUGAGAGUGACGUGAGGGUCUAAUCCGCCCUACAUGAAGCCGACCUGGUCGACGCCGAGCGCACGGCGGGCCGUGAUGAUGGCGACGAGUUCCUUGAUGAGCUCCUCGAGUACGAUGCAGUUGUCUAGAAUCGAAGUGAGCGAGGCCUGGGUGGCGAUCGCCGGCGACGCGGUGCCACCGUCGGUCUCGUCGGUUUGCUUGGCCCAUGCGCCGCUAGUGACGCCGGGAACAGGUGCGACGUCGAGCAGGCCCGACUCUUCCAGCUGGGAGUAGUGCGUCUUGAACGGCGGCGAGGCUUGAGGCGGCUGUGAUGGCCCGGGGGGCGCGAGCGCGCCGGGUGACGGCACCGGCACCGGCGCAGGCAAUGGCCUGGAAGGUGUCGAAGGCGUCCCGGGCGUGUUGGGACUCGGGGCGUUGAGGAAUGGCGUGCCCGGUCUCGGCGUGCUUGGUUGGCUAUCGCGCUUCUUGCGGGGAGACGACCACAGUGCGCGGAUCGAGCUUGCGAGGGUCGGCUUGCGCAGUGGUGGAGUUGACGGCACAAGUGACGGCGGUGGCAGCGGGGGCAGGCCAAAGCCGACAUGCGACGACUCGACGUCUAGCAUGGCGUUCAUCGCCUCGUCCAGGUGGUCGGUGAACAGCAAACCCUGUCUCCGCUCGGCCAGCAGUCUGUCAAAGUCCUCGACCGUGCCCCGGAACCGUCCAAUGUGGCGGGUCAGGCCGCGGAUGAUCUGGUAGAGGGCGGGGAGUGUCGCGGUCGUGCGGGCAGGGACCGGCGGAGUACGGUUUCGCUCGUCAUCCGAGCUGGCAGUCGAGUCCUGGCUUGAUCGCCUUUGCAUCUCCUCCCACGGGUCGGCGGGAACAUCCUUGAUGUCGUACAGGAGCCAACCGGACAACGAGCGGUUCGGGCAGCGAGCAAUGGCGGCCAAGGAUCCCGUAAGGGCCACGUUCUCGUCUGGUGACGCAGUAAACCAGGCGCACAGUGCACCCAUGAGGGACUGGACCAGAGGGUCGGACGGCGAGAGGGAAUGUUGCAAUGGGUCGGCAACAAAGUCGCCGACACGCAAGAGGGCAGGCUUGCCGUCAUCCGAAACAAACUGGAGGGGGAUCCUUGACAGUUGCCAACACCUGUCAACUUCAAUGAGCGCAUGGGUAUCCGACAGGUAAGCUGCAAACCCUGUCGCCGUGUCCAUACCUCCCUGCAGAGCAUCGUCUAGACGCGGCACAAGUGCACUGUACAAUUCUGGCUCUUGCAGGUGAACGUCUGUUGAGUUGACUGGCUUGGGCAGGUGGGUCUCGGCCCACUCCUUGGCACCGACUGGCGGCAGUGUCCGACGGGCUGUGGCUGUGGCGGAGGGGUCACGCACGACAGCCAAGAGUGACGGGGUGACACGACCGCAGUGAUCACCGAGGAGGGUGUAGACGAGGUGCAUUGCCGCGGCCACGCUGGCAGCAUUCUCGGACUGGAGGUUCUCGAGGAUGAGGUCGCGGAGGGUGAAGCGUUCCUCGGCGUGGUAGUUGGGCGCAGCGCCAGGUGCUGGUACGUAGUCCAUCGCACCAGUCUUUCGGCGUGGCCGCUCCUGGUUCGGCGAACCUGUUGUUGUGCGGAUAGUCGAGUCCAUGAGUGCGUCCAGGAUACGGUGGAGGACGGCUCCGUCCUCGAGGUUGCCUAAAAGAACGUUGAGGUACGUGAGCACGGCGACUGCGCUGCCGUCGGUGCUAGAGCACUCAAGAAUGGAGGGGUAGAGGACGUUGUCGACAAACGCUGUCUGGAUGGCAUCGAGCGUCGCGUCGGACACUGCUCUCCCAAGCACCUGGGCGGAGGACACUGUCCGGGCUUGAGGAUCAGCGUGCAACGUCGGCGAUGAGCAGCGGUAGAGGAUGUCCUGGAGGAACCCAAACUGCUUGAUCAACGUGUCGAGUUGGUUGCGCACGUCAAUGUCAGUCGAGGGGAUUAAGUCGUCGCGGUCGCUGUCGUCGUCCCUCUUAGUCCCGGCGCCGAUGGUCAUGCCUGCUGUCGCAGGUGCCGCCGUCGCAGCCUUCUCGCCGUCGACGGACGCCAGCUCUGCAAGCGAAGGCACCUGGAGCUUGGUCGGAAGGACAGAAUAAGCUGCGCCAAGGCCAGCAGCCAUGACGUCGGCAAAGUCGCCGUCGAGGAUGUAUUCUGCCAGCGCGUCACGCGCGUCCUGCAACGGGUCCAAUCCUUCCCCAACGGGAGUGAGCGACAGGUUGUCUGCCCCCUCUUCUCCCGGUGGCAAGAAGGUGAUAUCGAAGAGGAACAGCAGACCUGCUCGCGCAAAGUCUCCGGUGCGGCCCUCGCGGUGGACAAACCGGAGGAGGUACGAGAAGAGUAAGAACUCGAAGUGGGCUGCUGUCGCCUCGGUGUCGGUCGUGCGCGUCGACGCCGUCUUGGAUCUCGACGUGUCGAUUGAUGGGACGGGAGAUAGGGCGCGGCCAGGCUGCGGCGCGCCAGACGACAGGUGCGGCAGGAGCCAGCCCUUGUCGUGGAAGAAUAUCAAUAACAGUGGUGGGUACGCUCUCAUCCGGGAGCAGAGGAUACACAUGAGGUCGACGAGGUCCUCCUCGAGUUCGCCCUCCCAUCCGUAGUCGUCCUCGUCCGCCGCGGCCCCAAAGACACGCGCCUCGCCGUCAUAGUGCUCCUCUGGCAGGUCGCCGAUGCACGAGCGCAGGAGGCGGCGGAGCGGGCGGUGUACGGCAUUGUGCACUAGGAAGCGCUCGG